AUUGAGUCGAUCAACUGUUUUUGCUUUUGAUACUUCGAGUGUUUGUUUUUUCAUUUCAAUUGCCUCCUUCUUCCUCUGUGUGUUUUCCUCCUUUUACAAAUUUAAUUGUUCUUCUUGUUUACUGUUAAUUAUGGCAACUCAAGAUAAUCAAAAGCCAUCGGCAACACCAACCAUUCCAAAGACAAUGAAAUUUGUGAUUGGAGGAACCGCAGGAAUGGCUGCUACAAUGUUUGUUCAACCAUUUGAUCUGGUCAAGAAUAGGAUGCAAUUAACUGGAGAAGGAGGUAAAGCCCGAGAACACAAGACAAGUUUCCAUGUAUUUAGAUCUGUUAUCAAGAGCGAGGGAAUCACCGCUCUUUAUACCGGAUUAUCUGCUGGACUUCGUCAGGCAUGUUACACCACCGUUCGUUUAGGAGUUUAUUCAUCUUUAUUUGAGAAAUUUUCCUCAUCUGAAAAGCGACCUGGUUUCUUAGCCAAAGCAGCGAUCGGUAUGACCGCCGGAGCGGUUGGAGCUUUCUUUGGUACUCCAGCUGAGGUUUCAUUGAUUAGAAUGACUUCUGAUGGUAGAUUACCAAUUGCCGAAAGGAGAAAUUAUCGAAAUGUUUUCGAUGCUCUUUUACGAAUAUCAAAGGAAGAAGGUGUUUUAACUCUAUGGAGAGGAUGUGUACCCACAAUUGGUCGAGCUAUGGUUGUAAAUGCAGCUCAAUUAGCCUCAUAUUCUCAAGCGAAACAAAUUUUAAUGUCAACUAAAUAUUUUAAUGAUAACAUUUUCUGUCAUUUUGUUGCCUCCAUGAUCUCAGGAUUAAUUACGACAGCAGCAAGUAUGCCGGUCGAUAUUGCUAAAACUCGUAUACAAAAUAUGAAAAUGAUUGAUGGUAAACCAGAGUAUAAAGGAGCAAUUGAUGUACUUCUCAAAGUUGCUCGAAAUGAAGGCUUUUUCGCUCUAUGGAAAGGAUUUACACCUUAUUAUCUUAGACUUGGUCCUCAUACCGUUUUAACAUUCAUCUUUCUUGAGCAAAUGAAUCAAGCAUAUGCAACUCACAUUCUCGGAAUUAAGGGUAAACAAAGUGGACUUUAAAUGUUAUCAAAAUUAUUUUAUUCUUUAGAUUUUAACUGUCAUUUAAAUCAUUAAAGUUGUUAACAGCAUUGAAA